AUGUCUGUCAAGUGUGUCUUGGUCGGGGACUGCGCAGUGGGGAAGACUGCCCUCCUAGUCAGCUUCAUUUCUGGAACUUUCCCUGAUACCUACAAGCCCACGGUGUUUAACAAUACCGGGGCAGAGGUGUACAUGGAUGGUGUUUUGAUUAGUCUGGGUCUGUGGGACACAACAGGACAGGACAACUUCAGACAGAUCCGACCCCGAUCCUACCAGCAAGCCGACAUAGUGCUUGUCUGCUACUCGGUGGCAAAUCGUAACUCUCUGGUUAAUGCACAAAGCAAGUGGAUGGCGGAGGUUCGGGAGAACUUACCCACGGUACCGGUGCUGGUGGUGGGCACCCAGACGGACCUCCGAGAGUCUGUUGCACAUCGGAGCAGCUGUGUUACCGUGGCAGAGGGGCGGCAGGUGGCUCAGCAAGUGCACGCCAAAGGCUACCUGGAGUGUUCGUCCUUGACCAAGCGAGGGGUCCAACAGGUUUUUGAGUGCGCCGUGCGGACAGCCAUGCGCCAUAGCAGGAAGCAGGCCAGACGACGAAUGUUCAGCAUGGACCAGUGCAAGGUCUUUUGA